ACCUCACCGCGGCCGGAAUGCACCCAAGUCUCGUGGCUAUGCACAUGCGCAUGGACCGAGAGGCGCUAUUGUCGGUGAUGUUAAACGAGACGCGGUUUGUGACCAUCAUGAGACGUCCGGUCGACCUGUUUCGCUCGCUGUACGACUACUAUGCGCUCCAGCGCCACUUCGGCGACGAGCCACUCGAGGAGUUUGUCUUCAACGAGGACCACGUGCGUUUCCUGCAAGAAACGCGCUUCGCCGGCAACCUCGGCUUCAACCAGAUGGCCUUCGAUCUAGGCAUGAAUCAGGCGGAUUUCGAAAACCGUGACAAGGUGGAUGAGCUCAUUUCCACCGUCGAGUCUACAUUCGACGUGGUGAUGGUAGCCGAGCGGUUCACCGAGUCUCUCGUGUUGCUGCGCAAGAAGCUGUGCCUACCAAACCUACGCAGUGUGAUUGCGUUCCGGAAGAACGCACUACAGAACCGCACCACCUUGACACCACGGGUGGCGGCUCGACUCGCGCAGCUAAACGCGGCCGACACGUACAUCUACGAGCACUUCGCGCGACGCCUGGAACGUCAGCUGCAGGCUCUUGGAGUCCAGCAUGUUGCCUCAGAGGUGGCCCACAUCGAGGCCACGACACGGCGCUGGCUGGAGCGCUGCGUCGAGUCCACAACCACUGGCCGCCGUGUAGUGGCGCACAGGCUGCGUGAAGGCAUGGACUAUGAUCCAGUCUGCCACCGCCUGGCUCUCUCCGAGAUCGAGUUUACAAAGGAGCUGCGCUGGACGCAGACACGCUUAGCAAGACAGAGAACUGGCUUCUUCUACCAUUGACAGU